GCGCGUCGAGAUUUGUCGCCAAUGACAGUCGCCAACUAGCUAAAGUCAUGGCGCUGCUCAAGCAAAGUUGUUGUGUUGCUGGCCGUUUCUCCACAAGCCAUCUCUGGCUGAGUCCAAGAUGCAUUCCACAUAGUUACACCAGCAGUUUGACAACUGUGGCGAAAUCCUCCACAGACCGAGCUGACAGAAAGAAGGAGCUUCUGAGUGAUGACGGGCCUGAUCUACAAGACUUCAUAUCAGGGGACCUGUCGGAGAAAAGCAACUGGGAAGAGUACAAAGGCAACCUGAAGAGAGCGAAGGGAGAAAGGCUGCGGCUUCCCCCGUGGCUGAAGACCGAGAUCCCGAUUGGAAAAAACUACAACAGGCUGAAGAACACACUGAGAGACCUCAAUCUGCACACAGUGUGUGAGGAGGCCAGGUGUCCCAACAUUGGAGAAUGCUGGGGAGGAGGAGAGUACGCCACAGCCACAGCUACCAUCAUGCUGAUGGGGGACACAUGCACCCGUGGGUGCAGGUUCUGCUCUGUAAAGACGGCCCGUCAGCCCCCACCUCUGGACCCGGAUGAGCCGCACAAUACAGCCAAGGCCAUCGCUGCCUGGGGGCUGGACUACGUGGUUCUUACCUCAGUUGAUAGAGAUGAUAUUGCUGAUGGAGGGGCAGAGCACUUUGCUAAGACAGUCUCGACCCUGAAGGAAAAGGACCCUCGGAUCCUGGUUGAAUGUCUGACCCCUGAUUUUCGUGGUGACCUGGCAGCAGUGGAGAAGAUCGCCCUGUCAGGAUUAGACGUGUAUGCCCACAAUGUGGAGACAGUUCGAGAGCUGCAAAGGCACGUGCGUGACCCCAGAGCAAACUUUGACCAGUCUCUGAGCGUCCUGAAGCACGCCAAAAAGGUCAAUCCCACUGUUCUCACCAAGACAUCCAUCAUGCUCGGACUGGGGGAAACUGACCAACAGAUACUCGACACCUUGACCGAGCUGCGAGAGGCAGGAGUGGACUGUCUAACACUGGGUCAGUACAUGCAACCCACCAAACGCCAUCUAAAGGUGGAGGAGUACGUCACUCCAGAGAGGUUUGCCUACUGGGAGAAAGCCGGGAAUGAUAUGGGCUUCGUUUACACGGCCAGCGGGCCACUGGUGCGAUCCUCCUACAAAGCUGGUGAGUUCUUCCUGAAGAAUCUAUUAAAGAAGAGAAAAGCCGAACCCACCAUAGCAGAAUGAAAACCACCGAACCAGCAGCUUCUACCUAUAACCGUACACAUUUACAGCCACACCUUUACUCCUGCCGUAGCACAGGAAGCACAUUUAAUGCACAUGAGUUGUAAGGGUAGAGAUGUGACAUUGCAUUAGACUCGUGUGAGCACAGGGACCAUUCCUUUGCACUUGUCCCCUGCUGUUCACCUAUGACAACCCAGGUGUCUACAUUUUAGGGAAAGCGGGUAGAGACCUGCAGAUUAUGCGGGUAUAUAUGUAGAUUGGGGGGGGGCUUGGAGGCUAAAUCACAUCCACUGUGAACUCCCUCCCCUCGGGGGCCCUGGACUUCAGAUUAAGUGCUACUGACCUUUAACCACAGCCUCUGUUUAUGGGCGCUUUGAUGUCUGCUGCUUCAGGACUGAUGAUUUCAUGGAGCAACAGUCUUUUUUUGGGGGGGUUCUUGCAGUGGCUUCAAAGUGAAAUUAUGACGCAAAACAAACCUAUGGUUGCCGAAGACUUGUAACACAUAACAUGAGGAACAGUACGAUUUGAGCCCAGGUUGGCUUUUUGUUCAUUACAGAAGUAUCAGAACAGGCACUUCUGAUAUCGCUGUGCCAAUUUUGGCUCAAACUGCUUUUUCUAACAUUAUAUGUGCGUUACUUUUACACACUGUUUAGACAAAACACUUCUUGAAAGUGUACAUUUAUAUUUAAAGAAUUAAAACUCAUCUGUCCACGUU